CUUUUCUUGUUUUGGACUUUGAGCGAACGGACCAAACAUGGAUGCCUGUCACCACCGACAUGGAGGCUCCUAGUCGGCCGAAUUUCGACCAAACGCAGCUCGUGGGGCUAGCCAAGUAGCUCGAGGCAGGUUUGCAGCCGAAUCGGCCACCGUGAGCAGACGAUCGGCCUGCGCCAGAGCAUGAGCGCCGCUUCGACUCGUUGCUUUUAGGCACCGAAACUCUUCUCGCACUCGCUUCUUUUCGACGUCCGCGGCCGACCGACGGUUUUCGACCACCACCAUGGUCAAGGAGAAGCCCAACUCGACCAGGAUCUACGACAAGGACGGCUUCCGCCGCCGGGCCGCCUGCAUCUGCGUCAAAAGUCCCCAGGAGAACGAGGUGCUACUGGUGACCUCGUCGGCCCGUCCGGAUCACUGGAUAGUGCCUGGAGGAGGCGUGGAGCCCAACGAGGAGCCCCGAGUGGCUGCCGUCAGGGAGGUGCGUGAGGAGGCAGGAGUGGUCGGAGAACUCGGCCGGUGUCUGGGCAUUUUCGAGUCGUGCAAUGUGCAGAACGAGGAGAGGAAACAUCGAACGGAAGUGUUCGUCAUGACUGUGACUGAGGAACUAUCAGAGUGGGAAGACUCAAAAAAUAUUGACCGGAAACGCAAGUGGUUUGCAAUCGAGGAUGCUUUGGAGCAGCUGAGUCGGCACAAGCCGGUGCAACUGCGGUACUUGCAAUCGCUAAUCAACUACAAGCACGACCCCAAGGUGACCUGAGGCGGGCCCAGACCGACCCUUGCUUCGUGUCUGCAGACUGUGUGAGUGGAUGGCUCUGUGAAUCUCUCUGUUUUCUCAUUCCUGCUCCGGAGUGAUGAACAGACGCCAGAUCGAUCGAGUUUUUCUUCUUCGGACUCCUCAACCAACUUGACUGCCCCUGUACAGAAUUUCGGCCGGGUUAAUUUUUUUUUUUUUAAUUAAAGAUGAGCAGAAUUUUUUAACUUCAUUUUACCAAAGCUUGUUUUACGCUUGAUCUGAGAUUUUGUUGACCAAUAAUUAAUUGUUUGCUGUUGGGAAUUAUAUUAAUUUGGUUGAUUGCGCAAACUCUGCUCUACAACGUGUAAGAAACCCUACCUGUAGGGCUGACUUUAGUUUGAAAUUACUGCACAGAGACCUCUCGACUCAUUCUUGAGCUUAAUAUUAUGCAACUUUUGUAAACAGUGGAAAUAUAUCAAGCUUGCUAUUAAAAUUUUAAUUAAAAAAUUAAAAAG